AAAAAAGGUCUCAAGUUUCUUUUUACCCCUGAAUGCUUCAGAGGCUGGAGCUCUCUGUACGCAGCUCACUGCUGGAGCAGCAGCAGCUUUCAUGUUUCCCCCGUCUCUCUGGACACUGAAGACUUUUAAAGGUUCUCACCAAAGCUUCAGCCAGCUGAUCUGGACGAUUACACUCCUAGGGAAAACACUGUGGACUGGUUUAGAGGCACUUAUACUAUCAUGACCGCAAGGACCCAAAGACCUGCAGGCAAGGAGGAAGACAUAAUGAACAAACCGACAGAGGUGGUGCUGAGGGUCCGGAGAGCUCUGUGGCUGGUACUGAGCAUGCUCAGUCUGUCUCUGCUGCUGGUGGUGCUGGGAGCCUACACAACAACGCGCGCAGAGAGCCUGAACGUGACGGGCUACAUGUCAGGAGUUUUUCUGACUCUCGGUUGUUUCCUGGGACUUUUAGGACUCCUCCUAGAAGAGAACGGCAAGCAAUUGCUGACGGCUGCCAUCGUGUUCCUCAGCUUCGGCGUCAUCGCCUCCUUUCUGUGCCUGAUGAUUGAUGGAGUCGGCGUCCUCUUAAACAUGGACGUGCGUCCCCUGAAAGCAGGGAGGUGUCAGUAUUACAGCAGCGGCAGCAGCUACGUCUAUGAGAACUUCUACACUACGGUGCCGUGUUGGAAUCUGAGGGAGUCCUGCACCAUGACCGUACGAAGCGGGACCUGUUACUGCUGCGACCUUUACAACUGCGCCAAUGGAGACUACAUGAACAGUUACUUUGAGUUUGUUGGAGUGCAAAGCUGUGAGGAAGUUUUCACCCUGUACAUUUUAAUCUGGACCCUCACCGGCGUGAACCUGGUGGCCUUUUUCACUGGGAUACUGACCGCUGCCGUGCUGGGAAACAUCAAGUACUUGCAGAGGAGCACCAACCCGGCUGCUGUUUACAGCACAGCAUCUUCCCCUACAGCUCCCCUGCUGACGGACGACGACACUCACACUCAGCCGCUUCUUCCUAGGAUGUCAGAGUUUUUCCCUCCCGGAGAGCAGACCGCUGCUACUCAGAGUUUUGCUCCAGCAGAGUCCAACCCGCCUCCCUUCAACCCGCUGACCACCCUGCUGUCUCAGAGAGUCCACGGCCUCUCUGCAUGAACCGCAGCAUCACGCCGAACACAACGUCAAGAGGACGGAGAAAAUCUGCACAUUUUAUUCAAGAACUGAGCUUUAUGAAACCCAGUACAGAGCUGUAACAAUGUACAGGUUCAAAAAUAUUCACUUUUGGAGGUGAUAACGGAUGAUAAUGUGUGUGAUUCUUUAACAUCUUGACUGUUUGGUCAAGAUGUUACUUUUAUGCCAGAUGCAACGUAAAGGAAAAGCUGCAGAAGUACAGAAAUUACUUUUAAUAUAGUGAGAUUUUUCUUGGCAUUUUAACAUUCUGUUGUUGACACACUCUGCCUUGAAGAAGUACUUAUGUCACCACUUGGCCUUUAUCACUUUUUGUUAUGCUAUAUAACCUCAAACAGCAGAAAAAUAGGGCUUCUGAAAAGUGUGGUGUACAUUUGUAUUCGGACUUCCUGAGUUAAUACUGUGUAAAGCAACUUUUUGCCACAAUUAAGGUUGUAAAGGGUUUGGGUGUGUAUCUGCCAGCUUUACACAAUAAUUUUCAAAACUGUUGAGUUAAAGAAAAAAUUUAGUCAAUAAAGUAAAUUCAAUAAGCACUUUUUAUUGCCACUCUACUAUAUAAACUACAGCUCCUCCAGAGCAACCAUGGAUCUGUCGGCUACUUCUCUGAUUUACUCUCUUCUUGCGUGCAAGCUUUAGACCAGUGGUACCCAAAGUUGGUCCUAGUGGGCCGGCCUCCUGCACGUUUUAGUUCUCUUCCUAGUGGUAGUAACAAUCUUUUCAGCAUGUCAAUGUUUCUAACGAGUCAUUAUGUGAUGCAGAUGUGAUCAACCAGGGAGAGAACUAAAACAUGCAGGAUGCUGGCCCUCGAGGACCGACUUUGGACACCCCUGCCUUAGACAGAUAUCCAUACGUUCUUAAGUUUGCAGUUUUGUCAUAUUGUUUCAAUAUUCAGAUAUUGUCUUGGGUUGUGCUCAGCAAUGUUCAAAGCUUGGGAAAUCGCUCUGUAACCUAACCCUGCUUUAAACGUUUCUGAUGUUUUCCUUGGAGACAAAAUGUGGAAAGUAUCAGAGUCUGUGAGUUCGAGCCUUAGUCCAAAUGCAGCAUCAACCGAAGUCAAGGAAUAAUCAGUGUCUCCUCCAGUUUCUAGAAGACAUUGAAAGGCGAUCAUGUUUUAACCGCUACGUUUUAUGAAUGAAUAUAACAUAAGUCUGUCUCCAGGUGUUUGACACAUGUAUGAGCUGUAACUAUGGUCUCUGUAAAGCAGAAAAGUUAAAAAUUUGUGUGAAACCAAACAGAAGUUUCCCUACAAUG